CCAUCAAUUCCCAUCCUCAAACCCAAAAGUUCUCUCCUGCCUCGUCUCUAUCUAUUUCUGAUUUCUAUACCAUCAUCGCCUCUCUUCUCCUCUCCGCUAUCCAUUCCACAAUGGGUUCAUUCAAAAAUAUGAAUUCUUGAUUCUGAUUUCUUGAUUUUUGGUGUUGAUUGUGGGUUUUCUUUCGGUUUUGCUCACAAUCCACCUUCUUGUUUCUAUUCUUUCUUUAUCUUGUUCAAAAAUCCGUAUGGGGAGAAGAAGAGCCGCCGCCACCGCCACCGCCGCCGUAGCAACGGAAGGAGCAGCGGAACCAAACGGAUCUGCACCUCAAAAUAUCACAAAGGGGGGAGAACCCAGAUAUAGAGGAGUCCGGAAAAGACCGUGGGGCAGAUUCGCCGCCGAGAUCAGAGAUCCCUUGAAAAAGACUAGAGUUUGGCUCGGCACCUUUGACUCCGCGGAGGAUGCAGCCCGUGCCUACGACGCGGCCGCCCGUGCCCUCCGUGGACCAAAGGCCAAAACCAAUUUUGCCAUUUCUUCCUCCCAUUUAUCUCCUUUCACUUACCAAAAUCCCCCCGACGCUUUGAUUGAUCAUAGGUUAGAUGCAGCAAAUGAGUUUGAUGAGAAUCAGAUAAAUCCCCAGAGACCCACAUCUAGCGGUCAGAGCAGUACAUUAGAGUCUUUCAGCGGUCCCAGGCCACCGGGGAUAACAACAGCAACAAAAAGAUCUGGGCUUUUGUUGGCUGCGAAGAAAACACAUCGUGGGACUCCAGCGAUGGUGCUGGAGGAUUGUCAUAGUGAUUGUGAUUCAUCUUCUUCGGUGGUUGACGAUGGUGAUAUUUCAUUCUCUUCCUUGCACUGCCGUAAGCCAUUACCUUUCGAUCUGAAUUUUCCACCGUGGGAUCAGGUUGACUUUGUUAUUGAUGAUCUCCAGUGUACUGCUUUAUGCCUUUGAUGAUAACCAUGAUUAGAAAAAAAAAAUCAAAUUUUUAACACGCAGUAUUGAUAAAAAAGAAAAAAAAAAGAUUGGUUUAUGAAAAACUCUUCUUAAUCCGUAUGAGUACGCACAUUGCACGAUUAUGUUUUCUUGAUGAUCUUAUUGGUCAUAUUAUGAUGGAUUAUUAAGCUACUGGUAACAGAUCCAUCUCUGUAAAUUUUUCUUCAUCUUCUUCCUUUAAUAGAAAGACAUCUACUGCAUA